GGAAUUUGAAAAUCGGGCUGUUGGUGCUGACGGAGCUGCGGGCUCAGGGAUCAGUGAUCAGGAAUACAUUUGCGAUACUGUAUUUGUGAUGAACGUGCAGUGGAGUCAGGGUUAAAUGGAUUAAUCUUGGGCUCAUUUACUGCAAACCAAAUACACUGAAGAGUACUGAAUACAAUGCAGACUGCUGUGGUAAUUCCCGUGGAGUAAAAGAGGCUGGAACAACCAAAACUCCAUAGAUACAAAUAACGGGCGAUCGUUUUAAAUACGGUAGUUAGGUUGUGAUAUUUUUUAAGAUAAAUUUUAAAGAAAAUGAGUUGGGCUGUGGAAGAGUGGAAAGAAGGGCUUCCAACAAAGGCACUUCAGAAAAUCCAGGAAAUUGAAAUUCAGCUAGAUAAACUCAAAAAAGAACGUCAACAGCGACAAUUCCAGGUUGAAACCUUGGAAGCUGCACUGCUGAAACAAAAACAAAAGGUAGAAAAUGAAAAAACUGAAAGCAGCGCACUAAAGCGGGAGCAUCAGACUCUAAUUGACUCAUGUGAAAACCUUGAGAAAACCAGGCAGAAGAUUUCUCAUGAUCUGCAGGUGAAGGAAUCACAAGUUAAUUACCUAGAGGGACAACUUGCAUCAAGCAAGAAACUUGUUGAGAAGCUUGAACAAGAGAACAAAAGAUGCAAGUCUGAACUUGAGCGAUGCCAAGCAACUGGAAUGCCUGCAGAUGGUUCAUCUGGAACACCGAAAACGAAUUGCUCAAGGUCCAUAACACCAAAUAAAAAUGUUGUUGACUCUAAACUAGAGGAAAUGCAGGAAAAAUAUAACAAAGAAGUGGAAGAAAGAAGUCGACUGGAAACAGAAUUAAAAAUAAUUCAGGCCAAGUUCAAUCAAACGCAACAUCAGAAUACUAUUAGCCAGCGGAAUAUUGCACGGCAGCGAUCGGCUUCAUCUGUGUUUCCAUGGCAACAAGAUCAAACUCCAAGUCAGCAUGCCUCGCAUUCACUGGAGACCCCAUUAAAGGGUGUUGCCAUGAAUCUUCAAUGGGAACAGGAAGAAACUCCCUUCAAGCACUAUCCCAAGUCUUUGCAAAGGGGAAACCGUUCCAUAGGAUGGCUUAAUAACAACACGGAUAGCUCCAAGCAGGAGGAACAGCUGAAACUACAAAAUCAAGAACUGCAAACCAAAGUUUUGGAUCUGGAACUUCGACUUGAAGCUCAGGAGAAAGAAGUGAAAAAUCAUAUGAGCAAGCUUCAUGAAAUUCAAUUCCAGUUUGAGAAAGCUAAAACGGAGCUUUCAGAGAAAGAACGCAAACUGACUAAGAGCCGUGAAGAAUUGACUAAAGUGAUUACACAGUAUGAACAAAGCAAUGCCAAGUGUGCAAUGGUUGAGCAAAAGCUAAAGCAGGUGUCAGACGAGCUGAAUUGCUGCAGGCAAAAUGCUGAGAGUACACGGCGCAAUGUUGAGCAGAAGUUGAAAGACAAGGAAAAGGAAUUCCAAGAGGAAAUUUCUCAUCAUCAGCACUCUCUAAGAAGCCUAGAUCAACAAUUCAUCCAGACAAAAAAUAAACUGAACCAGGAAUUGCAACAAGCUAAAAAAGACUACAAUGUUCUGCAGUUAGAUGUUGAUAAAUUAACAGCAGGCAAACAGAAACUGGAAAAAGAAAUGGAUGAAAUCAAGCAGCAAUUACGCCAAUCAGAUCAAAUUCAAAAGGCAAAUCAGUCGAAGGAAAAUGAUCUGAAGAAAAACCUUGAAGAUGUUCAGGAAGAAAGAGAUGGUCUUAGAAAUCAGCUUCAGCAGAAUUUUACACAAAUUCAUAAACUGGAAAAUGAAUUACAGAAGACCAAACAGGAGUUUAGCCGUGCCAGCACUUACAGUGAAGACUUGAAAAGUAAGAUCAAUGCUCUGGACUUUGAAUUAAAAAGUCUUCAACAACAACUGGAUGAUCAAAAUAGAUCAUCAGGUAUAACUGUGGAAAACCUUAAACAGCAAAUUUCAAAGAUGAAAAUGGAGCAAGACGUUGUUCAAAAGGACAUGAAAGAGAAGGAAAGGAGUAUUGAGCAGUUGAAUGACCAGAUGGAUAAAAUGGAAAAUAAGACUGAAGGACUGCAAAACGACGUGCAGCUAAAGGAAGAGACAUGUCAGAAACUGAAGGAGGAGAACAGUUCCCUGGCUCAGUGGAAAGCUGAAAACAUCCAAGCUUUAGAUAUCUUUCAGCAUGAAAAAGAAGGGCUGCAGAACAAAAUUAAAGAAUUGGAUCAGAAUCUUGAAUUUUUCAAGAAUAAAAAUCAAGAGCAAGAGGCAAAUCUGGAUGUUUAUCAAAACAGGACCGAAAAGCAAUCUGAAAGACUGAAGUUACUUGAAGAUGAGAAGCAGAAUUUGCAAAGACAGUUUGACGAUGUCAAGCAAAUGCUAGACAACAAAACAUUGGAAUUACAGAAAGAAAAACAAGCCUUUGAAGAAUUCAUGAUAAAAACAAAGCAAGAUAAACAUGAUGUAGAAAACCUUAACCUGACUAUCUCUCAACUUACAUCGCAGAUAGCUGAACUGGAGAAAAGUCUGCAACAAGAAACUAAUAAGGUUUUAAAACUCGAAGAGUCUCAACGUGUAUUUAGUGCUGAAUAUGAAAAUGUCAGUAAUAUGGCCAAAUCAAAAGAUGACUUGAUAAAUCUAAAAGAAACUGAAAUUUUGAAUUUAAAAGACAGCAUAUCACAGGUCACACAGGAUUUUGAAGUGCAACUUGCCCGGAUUGAAACUGAGAAAAAAAAUUUAAUGCAAGAACAUGAAAAGAGCAUGCUUGACAAAGUUGAAGUUGAGGUGGCAAGAACAGCACUAGAAAAUGAUAUUAUUGUCCUCAAGGGAGAGAUAACUUCACAAGAUUCCUUGCUGAAGCUUGAAAAGCAUCUUCGAUCUGAGUUGCAGAGUAAAUAUGAAACAGUAUUAAAGGAGAGGGAAGAAUUGGAAGAAAACAUUGAGGAGGCUGGAGAGAAAUAUGAGAACUUAAAAGUGGAGCUGGGGGAAGAAAUUAAUAAACUAAAGAUGCAGCAUGCAGUAUUGCAAGCUACUGUAGAUGAGAAAGAUAAAUCUAUCCAAAAUUUUACACAAGAACUUGAGAGCAACAUGAAUAAUUUGAAAUGUUUGCAAAUGACCAACAAAGAGUUGGAAACAAAGCUGGAAGGUCAACUUCUAUUAGAGAAGUGCAUUCAGGAAAAAGAAGAGUUAAUUAGUUUGAAUGAAAAGACAUUAGGUCAGCUUUCUGAGGAAAAUGAGGAAUUGAAGGCUUCUGUUCAUAAUUUAAUGCAGGAGAAGAUAGAGCUGAACAAAAAGAAUUCUGCUUUUGUUGAUAUGAUGAAGAAAGAAGAAGAGAUGCACGAAGCGCUUGCAAAAUAUAAAGAAGAAUUUGCAAGUAAGGACAUCAUAAUUAAUGAUCUUAAAACUCUGUGUGAAGAACUAAUGGCUAAACGUGGGUUGCUGGAAAGUACUGUAGAAGCCAAAGAAAAUGCUAUUACACAAUUAAUGGAAAAGAUGAAUGAGGGGGAAAGUGAACUGAUGCAUGAGUGUACUGUGCUAGAAGAACAAAUAAAGAAUCUCCAAGACAAAUGUACUGCUGUAAAAGAAAAUAACAAUUUCUUGGAACAACAAUUAAGUGAGCAAGCAAAUGCAUUAUUAAUGAAAAAUGCAGAAGUAGAGAAGUUGGAAAGAAAGUGCACAGAUGCUUCUGUUGAAUAUAAUUCCAAAAUUGCAGAUUAUGAGGCAAAAGUUAAAGCAUUAGUUGAAGAAAUGGGAGUCCUGCAGGGACAAAUGGAGAAAAUAACAGAAAUCGAUCACUUACAAAAAGAACUUGCAGAGUCCAAUGCAAGACAGAACAAAAUACUAGAGGAUUACAAUCAAUUACUUCAGGACAAAGAACAAUUGACACAACUGAUACAAAGUCAAACUGUAAAAGAAAAUAUUUUUGAAGCAAAAAUAGAAAAACUUGAAAAUGAUUUGGCAACAGUAGAAUCUGAAAAUGUUAAAAGCAGUAAGCUAAUUACAGAAAACAAUAUAAUUUUAGACCAGUUACGAGAUACAAUUAUAACUAAAGAAAAUGAACUUCAGAGGCUUCAAGCCCAACUUCAGCUUCUUCAGAUGGACCUAGAAGAUAAAGAGGCCUCAAUAGAAUCUUGCUUAUGUCAAUUAAAACAAUUACAGACUGAUGAUAGAAUUUUGGAGAGCAAGUUGCAGCACAGUGAGGAAAAUAGGGUUGUUCUGGAAAAAAAAGUGAGCACAAUGCAGGAAGAGAUGGAAGCUAUGCAUUUAAAAAUUAGAGAAAGCAAGAAUAAUGAAGUAUCUUUGCUGGAAGAAAUAUCUUGGCAGAAGCAAACAACUGACCGACUGAAAAGUGAAUUUGAAAAGAAAGAAAAGGAUUUUUGUUCUUUGGAAAACCAGCUUAAUGCAAGCCAGGCCAAAGAGAAGCAAUAUCACCAAAAAGAAACAGAGAUUUUGGAUCUUCAGGAUAAACUGUCUAAGUCUGAAACCAACAUUAUUGAAUUAAGGAGUCAAAAGAGUAAUUUGGAAUUUCAACUGGAUUCAUUACAGCAGGAGUUAAAUGCACAAAUGCAAUCUACUUUGAACAAUGUCAAGAACACAUUGCAACUAAGUGAGGAGCAAAGAGUUCUUUUGCAACAGGACUUGAGUAAGAUGCAGUCUGCACUCCAAGGGAGUGAGGAGCAAAGAAAUUCUUUGCAACAGGAAUUAAGUAAGGUGGAGUCUGAGCUGCAACAGAGUGAGGAGCAAAGGGUUCUUUUGCAACAGGACCUGAGUAAGAUGCAGUCUGCACUCCAAGGGAGUGAGGAGCAAAGAAAUUCUUUGCAAUCGGAAUUAAGUAAGGUGGAGUCUGAGCUGCAACAGAGUGAGGAGCAUAGAAUUCCUUUGCAACAGGAUUUGAGUAAGAUACAGUUUGAUCUUCAACAGAGUGAGGAGCAUAGAAUUCGUUUGCAACAGGAUUUAAGUAAGGUGGCGUCUGAGUUGCAACAGAAUGAGGAGCAAAGAGCUCUUUUGCAACAAGACCUGAGUAAGAUGCAGUCUGCACUCCAACAGAGUGAGGAGCAUAGAAUUUCUUUGCAACAGGACUUAAGUAAGAUACAGUCUGAACUGCACCAGAGUGAGGAGCAAAGAAUUUGUGUGCAACAGAAUUUGAGUAAGGUGCAGUCUGAGUUAUCACCCAAAAUUUUGCAUUUGACUGAAUGUUCACUACAGAAAUUAAUAAGUGGAUGUGAAAACAAUAUUCAGUAUGAAAAUGAGGAUAUGACAGCAGAUAUGCAUACGGACCUGUUGAAUAAAGUGAAUUUAACCAAACAGAGUACUGAUGCACAUGCUUCAGAUGUCACCAAGUUAAAUGAAAACAUGAUUAUGCCCCAAGAAAUAAGGCAUCAAAACAUACUGGAAGAGGAGGCGGCUUGCAAUAUUGCUAAGAAUAAUUCAUUAUGUGGAAACAAAAACACUUUGAGCAUAAAUGAGAAACAUAAUGAUGCUGUGGAAGAAAUGAAGGCAGAGUUAUCCUUGUUACAGAGUAAUUUGAUUGAAGCUCAAAGUGCCUUAUCUGGAUCAAAGAUAGAGAAGGAAACACUCCAGGAUCAGUUGAGAAUGCUUGAAUCCUCAUUAGAAAGCGCUCACCUUCAUGUAUCUGAACAGAAAGAUUAUUUGCAGCAGUCAGAGAAGAUGAUUCAGGAACAAGCUAAUGAACUAAUUUUACUGCGUCAGCAGUUAAAGGAGAAAUCGGCCAACCUGAAUGACCAAGCUGCUGCUUCUGAUGAAGAUACUGACUUGAAGGUGAAAAGUUUGCAACUGGAAAUUUGUUCUGAGUCUACCGAGCAGUCUGUUGCACUGUUGCAGGAACAACUGUUCAAGCAGCAAGCUGAUGCAGAUGCAAAAAUUCAAGCUUUGCAACAUACAAUAACUACAACAAGACAAGCACUUGAAACUCUAAAGCAACAGCAUUCAUCUGAAAGAGAUGAAUGGCAAUUGAAGUUAAACAAUCUAACAACAGAGAUGGAAAAUAAAUUGGCUGCACAGAAACAACAGACAGAAUUGUUAUCUGCAGAGCUAGAAGGUGCAAGGAUCCAGCUCCAGUCUCUAGACCUCAGUUCCCAAUCACUGCUGAAUGCUAGCUACUUUUCAAAAGAGGAUUCGCUACAAAAGGUGAAUAAUAAACUGAGCCAUACUAGUUCAGAAAAACAAAAUGAAAGCACUAUAGUUGCAGAUAAACUGGAUGUUGUUAACAUGCUAACUAUGACCCCUGACGGUAAAGUACAAAGUUCCUCAGAAGAAAAGCAUGAGUUGUCCUGUGACCAUACCAAAUCUUUUGAUGACAAUGGAAACCUUAGCAUGGUUACUAAUGAACUGAAUGAAGAUGGUGCAAACCACCAGUACAUUGUUAAACAGAUAUAUUUAAAAGAAGAGAAAUUGAAUGACCCAGCGAACCUUCAUCAUGAGGCACCAAUUAAUGCACAAGUACAAAUGGGGCAGGAAAAGAAAAAAACUACUGAAGUGUUACUCAACGAGAUGGAGGGUUUGCAUUCCAAUCAUCAAAAAGAGCUAUUUUUCAAAGCUGCUGAUAUGGACUUAAAAACAAAAGUGAUGAUUCUUGAGGAUGAGAACCGCUGUUUAUCUAAUGAACUGAAGUCCUCUGCUCUUGAAAAUCAGGACCUUUCUAACAAAGCAAAAAAUCUGGAAGAAGAACUCGGUGAUAUGAAAAUGCAGUUGCAGGUGGAUGAAAGUAAAAUUUCUGAAAUGGCCAAGAUCUUGGAGCGCCUUGAGAAAGAUAAAAGGGACAAAAAUGAACAGUUCCUUGAGCUUGAAAUGGAACUGAAACGUACAAAGUCAAAUAAAGCUAAUUUAGAAAAUCAUAUCCUGGACCUGGAAGAUGACCUGGAUAAGCUUAAGACCAAGAAGCAUACUUUGGAAAAGGAACUUGAAUCAGCUCAACAAGUGUUUCAUGUGCAGGCAGAGAAGCUGACUGAGCUUGAAGCAAAAAAUAUCAAGUUUCUUCAGGAUCUUGAUACCUUCGCUGAAACAAAUGAGAAACUAGAGAAAGCCAAUAACAGUUUGAAGAUCAAGGUAGAAGAGUUUGAGGCUGAGAAGAUAUACAAUGCUAAUACAAACAGCUUGCUUGAAGCUGAAAUAAGAAAGCUAACUAGCCAGCUGCAAACAGUUGCAGAUCGAAUGGAGCAAGCUUCGAAAGAAAAGGAAGACUUGAUCAAACAACUCCAAUAUCUUGAAAAUAAUGCUAAGCUUGGCAUCAAAGAAAAGGAGGAAUUUCAAAAGCAAUUGAAUCAAUUGAAAGAGGAAUACUUGUCCAUGCAUGAGCAGACCAAAGAUUUGCAAAACAAGAUUAGUGUGAUAGAGCUUGAAAAUGUGAAACUACUCCAAUCAUUGGAAUCCUCUUUGUUGGAAAAAAAUGAAGUUGUAUCAAAAUUGAACUCCACCAAAACAGAGGUAGCAGAAAUGCGGCAUGCUAUUGAGAAGCUGAAAGUACGCAUUGAAGCAGAUCAGAAGAAAAGCCUGGACAUGGCUGCAAAACUCAAAGCAAGUGACCGAAAAGCAGACUCUCUUCAGGAUAAGAUUGAGGCUCUUGAAAGGGAGCUUCAGGCCUCAGAAGAAAAUACAGAGGAUUUGGUAAUGCAAGCUGAAACUGCAAAGGAACAAGCUGAAGUAUUGGAGGAAGAGAAGAAGGCUAUUGCUGAGAAACUAGAGCUUUUGGUUGUAGAGCUCAAUACCUUGUCCUCUGACAAACAAAAUCUAGAAAAGCAACUACUGCAAAAUCAAGAGAAGUUAGAGGAUCAUUGUUCAAGUUUGUUAAGAAACUCAGAAGCAGCUGAAAAUGAAAAACUCAAAAUGGUAGAAACCUAUGAAAGUUCUAUUAAUGAGCUACAGACCCAAAUUAGCCAUUUAAAUGAAAAGUUGAAAAACUGUCAUGAGGAAUUGGAAGUACUUAAAGAAAAUGAGAAGAAUCAUAUUGAUCAAAAUUCAUGUUUGGAAUGUGAAAAGGUGCAGCUAUCCAAUCAACUUCAGGAAGUUGCUGGCUUAAAUGUGAGUCUCCAAUCAGCAAACACAAUGCUAAAUAAGGAUCUUCAAGUACUUCAGCAGAAGUUAAAUGACCACAUGGAAGAGAAGGAGAAACUUCAGCAACAAGUCACAGAUUUGGAGAACCUGAGGCAAAAGGACUUAACAGACUUGUAUCAUUUGCAGACUGAAAUGGAGAAGUUAAUGAAAGAAUGCCAGAACUUACAAAAGACAGCAGCUGAAUCUCAGCAGGCAGCACAUGAUCUAUCAGCUAAGCAUAACACAAUGCUAAUCACUAUGGAAGCUUCUGAAAAGCAACUAAAGGAAGAAGUACACGCUGCUCAGUUGCAGGCUUCUGCACUUCUCGAUCAGGUAAAUGAACUGACUGAGAACAAUAAUAAACUGCAGAGUGAUUUGACCAUUGCCAAUGAAAAGAUUCUGCAAAUACAAGAAGACUUUGAUAAGGAAAAGAAUUCAAUUUCAGCACAACUUAAAGAGUUUAGAAGCCAGACUGAAAGUUUUAAGUUGCAGCUAGAAUUCUCUCAAUCAGAAAAAUGCAAGUUGGAGAAGGACCUUGGAUACUUACAGAAUGAAUUGCAAGUCACUGAUAUUCUGAAGAAACAAGUGGAAGAUUACAAACAAAGCAUAAGUUGUAUCCAAGAGAAUCACCAAGCUGUGCUUAAAAAUGUACAGGAAAAGCACAAAGCUGAGUUGCAGACGUACCAAGAGAAAAUGGUUGGAAUGAAACAACAGCUUACUGCGAAAGAGGUGGAAAUCAACAAUCUAAAGAGUGCUAAAGAAGCAACAAAUACUGUCUUAAAGGAUGACAACUGCAAGGUGGAGGAAUUGCAAAAAUCUGUGGCAAAGCUGAAAAGAGACAAGGAUUGUGCACAGAGUAAACUACUGCUCUGGAUGAAAAGCUGUAAACAACUUGAGCAUGAGAAAGAAUCACUGAAGAAGCACAUUCAACAACAAGAAGAACUGCUCACCAAGCUCCAGAAUAGCCAGAAACCAGGUACAAAUUCACGGAUAGACGAAUUAAAUGCCGAGAUGGAGGAAUUAAAAGAGACGUUAGAGGAAAAAACAAAAGAAGCUGAUGAAAAUAUGGAGAAAUAUUGGAACCUGAUCAAAAGCACACACAAAUUGGAGGAAGAAAAUGAAUUGUUGAAGGGUAGGGUUGCCUUGCUGAACAAUAAAUUGCAACGGCCAUAUUCUGAGAAUGAGGAAAGUGUGGCAGAACAGCCAGCGGCAGCUACAUCAGAAGCAGCUGUUCCUAAAGAGCCUGAAAAGAUGUCCCCUGGUCAGUCCAACAAUCAGCAAACACAUCUAAAAUCUCCAGAUGUAAGCAGUAUAUCAGAACUUGGCAGGGAUGCCCCUAUGAAAUUGAAUGUGAGCAAAAGUCAUAAAAGGUCUCCAGAUGGACAAUUUAAACACACGACUAAAAGAUUUAGAGGAGCUGAGUCCAAAAAAGAGGAAAAUGAAACGAAACCAGAAACUGCUCAGAAUAUUUUAAAGAAGAGCAGAUGUGGUGAAGCACAAGAUGCAAUUUCAUGUGACCCAGAUAAAGUUAUAAUGGGUUUUGUGGAAGUUCCUGCUGCAUCAACUAGCCCUUACACAUUGCGUAGAACUACCUUAUUCAACAGUGCUAAUUCCAUUCUUGCAGCUCAGAGUAGAGUAUCUCCAAGUGGACGUAAAGGAGUUACACAAACAAGCAAGAAGUCAGAGACAACAGCAGAAGGCAGCCAUAAACACCAGCAUCCAUCUGAAUCCAGCUGUUCUCCUCCAGCAUUAUUUCCUGGUCUGGUACCAGCUGCAGCACAGUCUCCUCUGUCAACUUUAACAAAUAGUCUAAAGAAGAAGAGCUUUGUAAAUCUUGAUCGGAAACAUUUACAAAGUAGAUGCUCACCGAAUGUGAACAAGUCUAUAGAGUCAAAGAAUCAACACAAGGAACAAAUUGCAGAGACAGAAGGAAAUGAUAACUGCAAAGUGCAAUGAAUGGUAGAGCAGAAUUUGAAUACUACUUCCAAGUGUUAUAAAGUUUCAGCAGCAGGACUGUACAUUUUCUAGAGGGACAAAACUGACUGAAAAAAUGUGCACUAAGUAAGGCCACGUGGCUUACACAGGAACUAGCAUGUAUAUAUUGCAACUUUAUUUUGAAGCAACAAUCCAGUACAUUAACUAAUCAAAAUGGUUACAAAAAAACUAUUAGAAUAGUGAUUAGCAUAUGGUGAAUGAAAUUUCUGUACAUUAUGACAUAGAAAUUGGAUUGCCUGUCACAAUAGUUUUUGUAUGCAAUAUUAUGCAAGUUCAAUUUUAAAAAUUUGUAAAGAAAAUCAUGUUUCUUUCGUGAGUUCUAUGAAGUCUGCAGAACUCUUUUUGGGUCCACCAUGCAUAAGAUGCAUUGACCAGAAAAGACAUAACUGAUGAUGUGCAGUGCUAGCCUAGGCAUCAAUUCCAUGAUCUCGAUCAGCUUCAUUCUGCUAAGUCCUCCACUCACCAACUUCCAGACUGCACACCCACCUAUCCUGACCCAUGGUGAACUGGACUCCAUUUCUCCAUUCCUCACUGCUAAAUUGCACAAAGAAAAGGAAUUUGAACCGAUGCGGAGUGAAAACGCUUGAUCUGUAAUGUGUGACUUCGAACAUUCUACAGUAAAAUUUUGAUCAUGUAGACCUCAAUUAGAACGUUGAUUAACCUGCAGUACACCAUUCAUUUGUGGUCUGGUUCCUUACUAGAUGCUAUGGUACUUCUAAUCCUACUUUUAUAUCAUCUUCUUGAAACUAUAUUUGUAUGUUAAUUGUUUAUAAAAUAUUGUAAAUUUAUUGUUGUCUUUUUUUUUCUGAUGGUGGGGAAAUAGGAGCCUUUCACAGGAAAACUGUUCGAAAAAGAUCAUUUAGGAUUCUAUCCUGCUGAAGCAGACUGACCUCUACCUUGCUGUGGUCAGGUGGCACAUCUCAUACACCUCCUUGUACUUAAAAAGGUCCCACUCAAGAGCAUCGGGCCAUUGUCUGCUGCACCAUCACCAACCUCAUUGACUCUGGACAUCUCCCAUCCACUGCCAACUUCAGAGUUCCUAUACCCCAUGCUGCCCAUUUGUCUCCUACCGAAGAUCCACAAACCUGACUUUCCAGAUAGGCCCAUUGUUCCUGCCACGCUCUACUUGUGUCCGCAUAUCUCGAGUCCAUUUUAUCAGCCCUGGUUCAGCCACUUCCCACCUACAUCUGUAACACUUCAUAUGCCCUUGAUGAACUAGAAACCACAGAAAAACUACAGCACAGAAACAGGCCUUUUGGACCUUCUUGGCUGUGCCGAACCAUUUUCUGCCUAGUCCCACUGACCUGCACACAGACCGUAUCCCUCCAUACACCUCCCAUCCAUGUAUCUGU